AUGGCUCCGGCCUCGCCAUCUCCGAGGAGGACGCCUUCGGGCCGUCCUCGAGGCCGUCCGCUCGGAUCGACCAAUGCAGCGCGCGCGGCGAGACAGGCCUUGACUGCUACGUCUGCGACGGAGCCGCCACCCAAGAGGCGUCGUUACGUGCCUGGAGGACCUGGUGGGGGCGGUAGAUUUGUAGAAACUGACGACUUGGAGAUACAAGUGACGACUUCUGCGCCCAGGUCCAGGACAACCGCCGUGCGAAGCGCCAUCAAUGGCAAGUCACCGUCUGUGAUGCCCCGACGAGAGAGGAGCACCCGGUCCCGCGCCUCCGCAAGCGAAGAGCUCGAGGAAAUGCGGUGGGGGUCGGCUGCUGCCGUGGCGGCAUCGGUCAAGCAGGCCGAGGACUAUAAACCACGAGAGGAGCGAAGCUGGGAGGAAUUUCAUCCGAACCUUGAUAUCGAAAAGACUUUUAUGAUCUUUUGGGCAGACGAGGUCGAUGGCAUUGCGCGAGACACGCCCGGUACGCCCGCUUUGCAAACUCCAGGAACGCCGCUUGCGAAUGGGUCGAUGACCCCUUCGAGACACAUCAACGCCGCGUCUACAGGUACUACGCCGAAUCCCCAAGUCAAGCCGGACGCAAAUGCAUCCGAUAACCAAACUGGGACUCCGUCAAGGCGGUCACGUAGGCCGACGCGCGAAGUUGUCAGCUUUUACAAUGCCCGGCCAUCAGACCUUGCACCGACACCUCGCACACCCAAGAUAUUACCUAUACACAACCAAACACCAAAGGAAAAACUGGACCUGAAACUACCAUCGUAUCGCCGGACAAACCGGAUCGAGUUAUUCGAGAGCAAGACCUUUGGUCAGGCAAGAUACGUCGACAAGGCAAUGAGUAACGUUGGCUAUCAGGAAAGCGACCAGUUCAUUCGUCCCGACUCUACAUUGAUCAAGGCCAUUGAUACAAAUGCGGAGGAAGACCUCGACCUCACUCCCAUGAUUAGCAGCGAUGAUCAUCAUCAUCAUACGAAAUUGGGCAAGGUGGAAUAUGAUAUGGAUGAGCAAGAUGACAUGUGGUUGGAACACUUGAAUACUCUGCGGAAGCAGAAUGAGCUGGAAACCAUCACGAGAGAAGUCUUCGAGAUAACAAUAACGAAAAUCGAGAAGGAGUGGCACGCGUUGGAAAAGAGAAUACCGAAGCCCAAUCCCAAGCCACCGCAGACGCAUCGCCCUAGGUCGGGCUCUGCUGCCGCGGUGAAUGGCGAGACACAAUCUGGAGAGGAACCGGACAGCAAGUGUGCUAUUUGUGAUGAUGGAGACUGCGAGAACACCAAUGCUAUUGUAUUUUGCGACGGGUGCAACCUUGCCGUUCAUCAGGAAUGCUACGGCGUGCCCUUCAUUCCCGAAGGCCAGUGGCUUUGCCGCAAGUGUCAACUUUGCGGCCGAGGCAUCCCCACGUGUAUCUUUUGCCCCAACACGGACGGGGCUUUCAAGCAAACCAACUCUUCGAAAUGGGCGCACUUGCUCUGCGCAAUGUGGGUUCCAGAGGUUUCACUUGGGAAUCACACCUUUAUGGAGCCGGUAAUGGACGUUGAAAAGGUCCCCAAGACUAGAUGGAAGCUGUCUUGCUACAUCUGUCGACAGAAGAUGGGUGCGUGCAUUCAAUGCUCCAAUAAGAGUUGCUACCAAGCAUUCCAUGUCACAUGUGCGAGACGAGCACGUUUGUACCUCAAAAUGAAGACCAGUCACGGUGCUCUCGCCGUCCUGGACGGGAGCAUGAUCCUCAAAGCCUUUUGCGAUAAGCAUUGUCCGCUAGAAUACAGCAAGGAACAUAAUGUUCACCAAGCAACGCGCUCGGCCAAGAAGUUUUACAAGAGAAACAUGAAAGGCCGCAUUUGGGCCGACAAUCUGGCCAUUGCCAACGUCAUCGCAGCACAGCAACGCAACUUGUUGGCGGAAACGACCGAGAGCGGGCAGUGUGAGAAGGAAAAGUCCAUUUCGGAAAAGAGGAAGAAUGAGCAACCGCCCAAGAAUAUGUGGAAGCUGCCCUCUGGUGCCCCCAUCAUCCCGCAAGCCGUGUUCGACAUCGUUGAGGCUUCCAUUCAGCGAUUUCCUUUUCGCAAACGCAAGGAUUUCCUGAGUGAGGCUUGCCGGUACUGGACGCUGAAGCGGGAGGCCCGUCGGGGUGCGGGAUUGCUCAAGCGCCUUCAGCUACAGAUGGAGACCUUCUCGUCCAUGGAGCUGACAAGGCGAGACUUCUCCUCGAUGGGUCGAAACGGCAAAGCACGACUCGCGCGGCGGAUUGAGUUUGCAGGGGGCAUCCUCAAAGACCUUGGUCAGCUGAAGGACCUCUCGGAAAAGAUUGUGCAGCGAGAGCGGAUGAAGGUGGAUGCGGCCGAGAUCGAGGAUGAGUUUGUGAAUGAGUGCUACUUCCCAGUGGCUAAGCAUUUACCUCUGGCGAUUGAGAAGGCCAUGUCCUUGGAUAAGGACCUCUUCACGAGCGGGCUGGAGAAGCUGCAAUCCCGUGUUGGCCAACGGUUCUAUGUGACAACCGUUGCGUUUGCGCAAGAUCUCGGCGAUGUCAUCAGCACGGGGAUCCUUAAUGCCCCCUCGCCACCAGCAUCAUCGAGCAGCAGUAGCGAGUCGCGGUUCGAGGCCACGGAUGCUGCUGCGGCAAAGACAAACUUCUCGGAUAUACGGGAGCGGCGGAAACUGGGCAAGCGCAUCCUCAAGGCCGUUCAGUCUCUGCUGGAGACGGCUCUUCGAGUCGAGUCUGAAAUCUCGAACAAGCCAUACGACACGAUGCAGAAGGAGCUGGAAAGCCUGAUAGACGCCAGCGUGGACACGGCACGGGUCGCCAUCACAUCUGCUGCAGCUAAGCAAGAAGAGGAAGACACCAUCAUGGUGGACGCCCCGGACUCGUCUGAGAUCACAGUCAAGAACGGCCUCGACGACGAAGACGCCGAUGCCGAUGCCGAUGCCGAUGCCGAUGCCGACGCCGACGCCGAUGCCGAGGGCGACCCAACGGACACUGCAGAAGACGUUGACGGCCAUGAGGGCGGAAACAUAGAAGUCAACACCUCUGGCCUAGGCAUCGCUGUCGAAUCUGAAGAACCCGGCGUUUCCCUGCGCAAGAGCAGACGCACCAAGAGCAACAACAGUGUCCAGCCCUCAGAAUCACCGCCGGAAUCAGAAGCCUACGUCAACCUGGCCCCCCCGACUGCCUCGUCAACUGGCGUCCCGGGCCCACCGACACCUCCCCACUCCAACGGGAGUUUUGGCAAGGAGCCAUCAGAUCCCUUGACUGAGGGGGGCGUCGUGUGGUACUUGAAGGCGAUGCAGCCCCGGGGGACAUCCAUCCUUGGCGAGCACUGGGCUGCGGGGAGAGACGCGGUGCGCAUGCUCAGCGAGGAGCUGACUGAUCUCGACGACGAAGAGCUCAAGGGGCUCCGAGCGGAAGUGGAUGAGUCGGUUGCCGCGGGGCUGGUCAGUGGCGAUGCGGGCGAUGGCGGCAAGGCCAAGGCAAAGACCAGGAAGAGGAGAGCCUCUGGGCGGAGGAGGUAG